AUGCUGAGCCGGAAACUGCCAUCAAGUCCCCUGGCUCUGCCCCUACUUGGUCAUGUCCGCAUCUUCAUGAGGCCUUCCGCAGCUUGUCCCACAAAUGGUCCUCUAGUCGAGGACUGCUUCACAAAAAACGACAUAGUGUUCUCGAUUCACCAGCAGCUCUCCUCCGGGAAGCCUCUGGAGUGUGGCUUCUCCGGGUUGGGGUCUGUCCCCUAUGGCCAAUGCUGGCAGAACCUCCGCCGCUUUUCUGCCAUCGAGAUAUUCUCGGCUGCCCGAAUUGCUGCUUUGGCUAGCAUCCGGACAGAGGAGAUUCGGCUAAUAGUGAAAGAACUGAUGGAGGAGGGUGGCUCCAAGAAAGUGGAAGUCAAAUCUUUGUUCUAUGUGUUGACUUUCAAUAUAAUGAUCAGGAUGGUUGACGGAAGCAGAUAUUUCCGUUAUUUCCGUCUAGGUGAACUUGGCUCGGAGACAAUCAAAGUUACGGACUAUCGGGUUCAUGGUGAAUUGGAGAAUAUAAGAGGGAUUUUCAGUCCGACGCUUGAGGCAACUGUCUGCGACUACUUUCCAUGGCUAAGGUGGUUAAGUUUUCAUGGACUGGAAAAGAGGUUCUUGAGAAUUCACAAGAGAAGGGAUGAGUUCAUGCAGAGGAUGACAGAAAAUCACAGGAAGAAAUUCCCUUCCUCUCCUUCUAGACGUGACGAGGAUGAAUGCCAGAGUGAUAAGGGAGGAUUUGUCCAUAAAAUGGGUACAACUUAG